GUGGAAGAAAAGCCCUUUUGCUUUGGUUGGCCCCAGGGGACAGAGAUUGGAGCAAUUUGAUGGGGGGAGGGGGAGAGAUUGAGAAGGGAGGUAAUUGCUGAAAGUCAAACUUUAGUUUAAUAAAGGAAAUAAUAUCUUAACAUUUACAGUUGCAGAAAAAUGGAAAAGACUGCUUUGGGAGGUUGGAUGAGACAGCUGACCUCAGGUUCCUUUGAAAUCUGAAAUGCUAUGACAGAUGGCAAGUGCAUAAAGAGGUGCAAACCGGAUGCUUUGUGAGGUCUAUCUGAUUGAUGGAGGACCAAGAAAGACUUCCAGGAAGAUAUUGCAUUUGAGUCUGGCCUUAAAGGACCUGUAGGGUUACAACAGGUGGAGAAUGUGCAAAAUCAUAAGGCACAGCAUGACAAAAGGCAUGAAAGAAGGAAAUCAUAGGCUAAGGCGAGGUUUAAAUCCACCACAUAGGGUGAAGUCCAUCUCUAUGACAACAUUCACACAACAGGAAAUUGAAUUUCUCCAAAAACAUGGAAAUGAGGUGUGUAAACAAAUUUGGCUAGGAUUGUUUGAUGAUAGAUCUUCAGCAAUUCCAGACUUUAGGGAUCCACAAAAAGUGAAAGAGUUUCUACAAGAAAAAUAUGAAAAGAAAAGAUGGUAUGUUCCUCCUGAACAAGCAAAAGUUGUAGCAUCUGUCCAUGCAUCUAUAUCUGGGUCUUCUGCUAGUAGUACAAGCAGCACACCUGAGGUCAAACCACUUAAAUCGCUUUUAGGAGAGACAGCACCAGCCCUACACUUGAAUAAGGGCACACCCAGCCAAUCCCCUGUUGUAGUUCGUGCUCAAGGACAGCAGCAGCAAGAAAAGAAGCAGUUUGACCUCUUGAGUGACCUUGGCUCAGACAUCUUUGCUGCUCCAGCUCCACAGUCAACUGCUACAGCAAAUUUUGCUAAUUUUGCACAUUUCAAUAGUCAUACAGGAAACUAUAUUGGAGCUCAGAAUUCUGCAAAUGCAGAUUUUGCAAACUUUGAUGCAUUUGGACAGUCUAGUGGUUCGAGUAAUUUUGGAGGUUUCCCCACAGCAAGUCACUCUCCUUUUCAGCCCCAACCUACAGCAUUUAGAAUGCUUUCAUCCAGCUGCAGUUAUGGGGAAUUUACUUCAGCUUUUCCUCUCCAGGCUUUCCACAGUGGAAGUGUGGGAUCAGUAAAUGCUAAUUUUGCCCAUUUUGAUAACUUCCCUAAAUCCUCCAGUGCUGAUUUUGGAGCCUUCAAUUCUUCCCAGAGUCAUCAAACUGCAACAGCCAUCAAUAAAGCUGUAACGAAAAAAGCUAAUCUUCAGACAACUGACAAAUAUGCGGCACUUGCUAAUUUAGACAAUAUCUUCAGUACUGGGCAAGGUGGUGACCAAGGAAGUGGCUUCGGCACAGUAGUUAAAGCUUCAACAGGUGCUGCUGUUUCAACGCCAAGUCAGUCAAGUAUAUCAUCAGACAAGUACGCAGCUCUAGCAGAAUUAGACAGUGUUUUCAGCUCAACAGCAACCUCUAGCAAUGCAUAUACUUCUACCAGUAAUGUUAGCAGCAAUGUUUUUGGAACAGUACCAGUGGGUGCUGCUACACAGACACAGCCUCCUUCUUCAAGUGUGCCUGCUCCAUUUGGAGCUACACCUUCCACAAAUCCAUUUGUUGCUGCUCCUGGUCCUUCUGUGGCAUCAUCUACAAACCCUUUCCAGACCAAUACCAGAGGAGCAACAGGCCUGUCAGGAACAGUGCAUUCUCACGUCUUUCCUCAUGCUCAUUUUGCGGCAACAUUUGGGACAGCGUCCAUGAGUAUGCCUACAGGAUUUGGAACGCCUGCCUCCUACAGUCUUCCGACUAGCUUUAGUGGCAGUUUCCAGCAACCUGCUUUCCCAGCCCAAGCAGCUUUUCCUCAACAAACAGCUUUCUCUCAGCAACCCAAUGGUGCAGGCUUUGCAGCAUUUGGACAAAGCAAACCAGUGGUGACCCCUUUUGGUCAAGUGGCAGCUGCUGGAGUAUCUAGUAAUCCUUUUAUGGCUGGUGCACCAACAGGACAGUUUCCUACAGGAAGUUCAUCAACCAACCCUUUCUUAUAGCCUUAGAGACACUUUACUGGAACGGACUUUUAUUGUGGUCACCUAACAUCUCUCCGCCUCUUGCACUGUUGUCUCGUUUCACUGAUGUAGCUUUAAACACAAGAGAAGUCUUUUAAAAACCUGCAUUGUGUAUUAAACACCAGGUAAAAUGUGCAAAACAGAGGGCUCUGGCAACAUCUUUUAAUAUGUGAAUUGGCAGAAAAGGUAGCGGUAUCAUGUAUAGUAAAAUUGGCUAAUAAGUUAUUGCAGAUACCACGUUCAUUAUGCUGCAGUACUGUACAUAUUUUUUUCUUAGAAAUUAGCUAUUUGUGCAUAUCAGUAUUUGUAACUUUAACACAUUGUUAUGUGAGAAAUGUUACUGGAGAAAUAGAUCAGCCACUUUAAGGUGCUGUCAUAUCUCUUGGAAUGAAUGAACUAAAUCAUUUUAUCCAUUGCUACUGGAAGUUUUGAAGUCAAGAUUGGAAGGUUUUGUUCAUUCUUCAGGUUUUUUUUUCCUUUCCGAAAGAGCUCUUCUAUUUAUACAUGCCUAAGUUCUUUAAAAUGUAGAGGGAUACCUGUCUGCAUAAUAAAGCUGAUCAUGUUUUGCUACAGUUUGCAGGUGAAAAAAAAUAAAUAUUAGAAAAUAUGCUAUUGUUUCUGUGUUCUUGCUGCAAUGCCUUUACCAAAGUGGCCUUAAAUAUGAAUAGGUAAAUGGGAACAUCUUGAAUUAAGUUUUUAAAAGAUUUCUCGUGGCUAACCUUUAUGAUAAAAAUUUAUACCGAUUAUAGGAAAGCCAUGUGGAAAAUUUAUUUAAAAAACAAAACUAUUAUAACAGUUAUAUUGAGGAAUGUCAGUGGUAAAGCAUUUAUAUGCAGCUGGUCAAAAUCACCUUAAUUCUGGUUUCUUGAUUAUAUGUUAGCAAUUUGUUUUAAAAAUUGCAUGUAUAUGUAGUUAUCCAAACCUUAUUAGUAUUUAAUCAUGAAAUAUAAGAAGGAAGAAUAGGGCCUAUUUCAAUAUUUUUUUUUUUAAAGAAUUUUUUUUGAAUGUAUUUGAAAUAUACAUCAUCUGUUUGAAAUAAUUACACUUUCAUUUAAGCAAAUUAGAUAAGUAUUGUCAGAAGGAAAAUUUUUUUAUGUUCAGUAUCUGGAGCAAGAAAUACAGAAUGUUCAACAGCUGACCAGUAUGCAGAAUACCUUGUUAAAGGAAAGCCAGUGAUGAUAAUGUUUAUUGAUUACUUAAUAUUAACAUUCAAAUGAAUACUUAUUAGAUAAUAUAUAGUAAUGCCUCACUCAUCUGGAAGUCACUUAUAACAUUUUAGUUAUCUUGUACAUUAGCUGAGAACCUUGGAAUAAACAAUUAUACCUCUUAGCACCACUAUUGUUAUCAUAAUGUCCAUGUACUAAAUUUCAUGCACUUAUUUAACUCAUAGAAGGAGAACUCAGGUCAACAGAAAGAACAUUUACUCCUUAUUUUAUAUGCAGCAGUUCUAUAUGUGGUUCUCUUACUUCCUAGUCACAACAGAUUAGAAGUUGCAAAGUUGAGUAUUUAGAGAGCAGGGUUUCUUAACUUUUUUUUUUGUAUCAUAAAUCUCUUUGCCCAUCUGAAAAAGCUUAAGUCUUCUUUAAAAUAACAUUUUAAAAUAUGUAAUAUAAAAUAUAUAGGAAUAUAAAAGAAACUAAUUAAAUUGAAAGAUUAAAAUAAAACAUCCAGAAUCAUAGACUCUAUGUUAGGAAUCUUUGGUAUAGGUAAAGGGUCACUAUUUGCAUAGUCACAUUGACAGCAGUUACAGUGAUUUUCAUGGUGAAGUGUGAGUAAAAAAGUCCAAAAAUCAUAUUCAAGAACUAAGAAAGCAUGGCAUUCCAGACCCUCUUUUCCCCAGUCCUUCCCCUCAGAAAUAUCGCUGCCAUUGCUGAUAAGGAUGGCUCUGUGUUUUCAGAGAAUUCAAUAAAGUGUUGAACAUCAGGGCAAGAUAAUACAUUUAAUACAUUUUAAAAUUAUUUCUCCUAAAAAUAGUUUUGAAAUUUAAAUUUGUCAUUUAAAAUGGGUCAAUAAAUACCUUAGAAAAAUUAUUUAGGUGAAACAAGUUCUUCCCUAAAGGUACUACAUAAAUGUAUCUUCUUGUUAGGAUUUUAAAAUACAUAUGUUCAACCAGUAUCUGCCUAUCUUGAUUGAUGUCUGGUUUAUUAUGACUGUUUUACUAUGCAAGCUGGCUUGUACGCAGGGAUAUUUCCUAACUUUCCUUUUAAAGCAAUGUAUUUUAUCUUUUCACAAAAUUGAGUGUAGUACUGUGUUAUGUGCUCAUCUGGUCCAUCUAUAUCAGUUUAUAUAUCAGAUGAUUGCAUGUUGAAAGAACAACUUAAUCUCUUUUCCCAUUUAGGGAAAAGGUCCUAGCAAAUACCUUUGGUUUCAAAAAUUUGUAUAUUGGUUUUCAAAUAGCCUAGCUUAUAUCCUGAAGAACCAAAACUGUUACUAAAAAGAUUUUAAAGACUAAAAUUUUUACUCAUCAAGUGUUUUUUUUUUAUUUUUUUUUUAUUUUAUGCAAUCUCUUGUGGACUAUUUUGAAAUAUUGGCUACAAAUUUUAGAUUAAUGAUUAUUUUUUAAUGGAAUGCUAUUUUGGAAGCUUUGUUCUUAUAUAAAAUUAUAUUUUACCAUUACCCAAAAUUACAUUAAUUUCUGUGAGAAGUCAAUAAACAACAGCUUGUAGUGAGAAAGCUCAGGAUCAUGACUGGUGUUUGGAGAAAGUAAAGCUUUAAAAGAAAUAGAAACUAACUUAAGAGUCAAGAUUCUAUUUCUUCUCUCAGCUACAUUCCUAUAUCAUUGUGUAAACCUCUAUAGCACCAAUGCAAAAAGUUUUUGGUUCUGCCUUCAGUAAAAAAUAAGAGAGACCAAUUUUUCCUUUCUGUUUUAACAGUUGUUUGUAUGUUUGAAAUAUGUUGCAAUAUCUUAAUACCUUAGUCGUAAGUAAUUUGUUAUCAUCUAGUAAUUGCUUCUAUUUCAAGGUUCUGUUCUUUCAUCAUUGUAGGUCCUCCCUUUUUCGAUGUGUUGUUAUUUUUAUUGCCUUAAUCCAUGACUUUAUGAUUUACCAUGGUUGAAAAAUUCAUCAUCAUAAAGGAAGGGAUUAGUAACCAUUAGGCUCUCUGCAGUGAACCUGGGUUACAGGUACAGUUUCUCAUUAGUUCUUAGUUGAAGCCUUUUAACUCUGCUGGACUUGCCAGAACAUGAGCUCAGCUGAACCGUGGGUAAACAUUGUUACCUCUAAAGCUUUGGGGAAGAAUUUCUCUGGGGACAUUUGAAAUUCAUUCCAAAAAUGGAAUUGAAUGAUUUGUUAAAACUUAUGUUGUUCAUGUAUAAUUUCUUAGCACUAAUUUUGAUAGGUAAGAGAAACAUUUUAGGGUUAUAUACAUUUAUUGAAAGGGAAAGAGGAAAUAUUGAUAAUACUCAGUUGUUGAAAAACCUGGCUAAUAGAAUUAAUAGUGUUUACUAUAUGGAAAAAAGAUUGUUGUGAUAUGUAUUUUUCCAUGGCAUAUUAUGUUACUCAUGUUGUUGGUUGUCUUUUUGAUCCUACACGUUCAUCAUUUUUGAAGCCAUGCCAUUUCAAGCACAUUAGUUCAGGACUAAUGGUAUCUGAAGAGCUACAUUUUUUGCUUUUGGAAAGUAAAAAGACUUUUAAACCUGUUGCCUAUCCUGGGCAAGCCCUGGUUCAAAUUACGGCACAUUAGCCACUGAUCUGUGUGCACAUACUUUGUGAAGCACAUACUUCUAAAAUAUGCUUUUAAAUUGAGUAUAAGACAUGGAGGAGAGGAGAGAAAGGUGGGUAGGGUAUGUGUCAAGGGAUGUGAAGUGUUUCUGGGACACUUUGUGCCAAAAAAAACAUUUACUAAGUUAGUUGUAGUUUUCUGCUGAUUCCCUUUUGACUUUUAUGAUCUCCAAAACAUGCUAAAUUCUGAGAAGUAUAGGACUCUAGAAAUGUGUGUACAUGCACUCACAUAUCACAAACCAGUUAUUAGCAAAAAGCCUUCCUCAAUUUCCCUAUUCUGUUGUCAGGUUUCAGAUUCAACUUCAAGGUUUACUUUUUUAAAAAAAUGGGUUUGUAAAUGUGUCGAAUUUUGCUAAAAGUGUAUUGUCAGUUAACUAUUUUGCAAUGUUUUCCUCUAACAAGACACUGCUGUUUUAAGUUAUGUGUCAUCUAAUGUAAAUGGGAAACAAUUUCAAAUAAAUUAAUUUAUUAAUAAUGUCUCUGCAUAAUAUGGUAGAGUGGCUUACCUCUGCCUUUUUUUAUUUUCACACUGUCAUGAUCAGUUAUCUUAAUUAUAAUUUGACAGGGUUCUUCCCCUCCCCCUGGGAAUUUUUUGCUUCAUCUGAGGACUUAUAUUUUUGAAAUUUAUGACUUCACUCCUUUAGGUGGUGGGAAUGGCUGGUUUUACAGAAUUUGUUUCCUGUCUCAAAGUUUCCCUUCAGCUUUGAGUUAUUAUAAAUUUAGAGCUGAAUGAGAUCAGAGAGGUCCAUCAUUUCAUGCAAGGCUCUGAGGCCCAGCAUACAGUGACUUGUCUAAAUCUCAGAGCCUUAGUCCUUUCCCCAUUAUAAUACCAUGCUCUUUUCCUUUGACCACCUCUUAUUAAUUAUGGGGCAGGAUAGGAAUUGCAGUUUUCUCAUGUAAUGAAUUACUUAAAGUUCUGUCAAUUCACCUUUCAUAUGGUCUAGUGUUUUUUGUUUUUUUCUUUUUGUCUCCAUGAACUCUCUGCCUCAACUCUACUACCUGGAUCUACCCUUUCUAUUCCUAUUCUCCUCUCAGUCCCUCUUGCAUGGCAUUGUUGCAUUAGUUUUUCUAAGACGGCAAUUUUUUUAAAAAAUGACUUAAAAAUCACUUCACCCUUUUAUGAAGAAAUCUUAAAAAUCUUCCUGUUGCCUAAAAGGUAAAAAUCCAGGCCCUUGUAAUCUUAUCAUUCAUUUUCCUGCCUAAUCUCCCUAUAGGCACUGUCCCUCUGGGUAAGCUGGCUGUCCUACUGUUCUUCAGAGCGACCUUUUUACUCAAUUGCCUCCACUUUUGAUAAUUGUAUUUAAAUAAUUCUUUAAUGUCUAGAUUAACUAAUGUUUACAACUAUUAUCUAAUUUUAUCUCACAACUAUCCUGAGAGCUAGGUGCUAUUAUUUCCCCUAUUUUGUGAUUUAGGAAAAUGAGAUAGCUUAAAGGUACUGCCCAGGGUCAUACAGAUCACAUAAUCGAUAACUGGUGUGAGCCUGAGGUUGAAUUUGAACCCUGGGCCCCCUACUUGGCUCACCUUGAAUACUUUUCCAUUUCCUGUUUGAUAAUUGAAAUCUUAUCAGGACUCCAACCCUCCAAAAAGGGUAUUCUCUGAGCCCUGGAGCUGUGCUUCCUCUUGGUUUUUCUAGCCCUUGCUUUGUCCUUAUGUUCCCAAUGCCUUGAAUUAGGCACAUAGUUGGCCCUUCAUAAAAUGCUUAUUUGAACAUUGUAACAUAAACAAAGGCAGUGAGAGAGAGAGAGAAAGGAGAGAGAGAAUCUGGUUCUAAUCAAAAGGAAGUGUAUCUGGGGAAAAAAAAAGACCGUAUACAUAAGGAAGAGCUUGAGUUCAAAAUGGAAGCUUGGCAUCCAACGACAAGGCAAACAAGUACUGCCUUUGCAGUGACAUUUGAGGUGGAAUUUUAAAAGGUUAAGCAAGGAAAAUGUGUAUUUUGGAUGCUAAGAAGAAACGAGUGUUUUUCUUGUAUUGAUCUUUGAUCCUGUUUGCAUUUGAGAGGUUAGAAAAAUGCUGUGGGCAAAGACUGCAGAGAUACAGAAGGAUGAGAGGGCAAAUAGCCACUGCCUGCUUGGUUUUGCAUUAGAAGCAUGAUCCAGUCAAAAGCAGCAUAAAUAGUAGGAGUAAUCAUACCGGCCUGCAGGCACAAGGCUUGUCUUUCCACCCCAGUUCUGCUAUUAUGUCCUAGAACUGUGCUUUUAGAAGAAAUCACUUCUCCUCCUUGCUUCUCCUCAGUUUCCUUAUCUGUACAGUGAGAAGGCUUGGUUGGAGUUUCCUCUGGGCCCUUCAGGAAGUGAAAGAGGCAGAGAUUGGAAGUGAAGAACCUAGUGGGGAAUAAAAACCUGGGGCAAGAACCAUAGAGUCUGUCUUGUUUGAUAGUUUAAUUCUUCCAGUGCUUUGCAGGGGGCCUGCACAAAGCUCAACAGUGAUGUCAGAUUCAGAAGAGGGUCACUAAUCUGUACAGAGAGGAUCCCUGUGGGCUGCACUGACCUAGUUUACAAUAAAAUGUCAUGUUUAUUUAUGUUGUAUUUUUAUUUGUUUUGUUACAUAUUUCCCAAUUCCAUUUUAAUCUGUUUCACGUCAACAGAUAGGAUGUUUGACAUCUCUUUGGUACAUGAUAUCAAUGAGGGAGGGAUCUAAAUGGGUUACUUGGUUGCUACAUGAAAUUUCCUCCUACCUGAUACAAAUCAGCUAAGUAUAGGUUAAUUAUGCAGCAAUCCUUUUUAAGCCACAAGACAAAAAUGUCUACCCUAAAUUUGGGAAUGAUUUCAAGGAUACACAGGAUUCUCGUGGGGUUUUGGAGCAGGAAUAGAGGCAUUGUGGCUGUCUAUUGCUGCAAGUCUUAGAGCUUGAAAUAUUCCAGAAUUAACUCCAUUUAAAGCUAUCAGUUUAAGGGACACUUACUCAACAACCCUCAGUUUUGCAUCUAUGUGUGCCAUCUGAUGAUCCUCUCUGUAUGUGUUACCCUUAUUUUAAAUGAACUCUUUAGGAAACCAAGAUUCAUAGAUAUUAUUUAUCAAAAUUCGUAGUAAAUCACAUCAUAAAAUUUUGGAAUUGGUAAGGAUCUCAGCAGACAUCUAAUCAUAACCUGAAAAAGAAUUCUCAUUACAACAAAUUUAUUAAGUCUGCUUGAAGACUCACUUGGUAGAGCAUUACUAUCUUAUGAGUCAGUCCAUUCCACUUUUGGAUAAUUAAUUUUUAACAUUUUAAACUUUUGCUUAUCGCUUUUACAAUGCUUCCAUUGGAAUAGGCCAAAUCAGUCUUCCAAAUAUUUAAGUAUUGUUAUGGUCUACCCAAGAUUUCUCGUGAAGAAAAAACCCUACAUUCCUUCAAGUAGUGGUAUAGACUCAAAAAUCUAUCACAAACUGGUAAGUCUUCUUUGGACACUGUUCAAUUUGUCAGUCUUUCCCAAACUGGUUCCUGGAUCUGGACACAUAACUCCAGAUAUGUUCUGAGCAGGACUGAUGUUUCCCCAUUCUUGGGAGCUAAGUCAGUGAAGCUUUAAAUUGCUUUAACUUUUUUUUUUUUUUUUUUGGGUUGGUUGUUUUUUGUUUUUUAAAUUCCUAAUAUAUUGUUGACUGAACUUACAAUGUACAAAACAUUACACAACUUUUUCUUAGGUCAAUUAUUAUCUAGCCCUA